GCAUGCUGGGAGCGGGCAAGCUACGCAGUUAGAUAACGCGGAGGAUGUGUCGAGAGCGUCAGCCGAAGCUUAGUUUGUUUAACCUGGGCCUAGACGGUGUACUUAAGUAUUAUUUUGCAGGAAGUCGUCCUAAGGAAAAAAUUAUCCCGUUUGCCGACUUUCUUAAUUGGACUGAAAAGAGAACAGACUACUUGCAGGAUGUCUGGCUCUACCCAGGAAGAAGAGGAGUUGCCUGCCAUUCACACAGGUCCAAAAGGUGUAAUUAAUGACUGGCGAAGGUUUAAGUUGGACAGCGUUGAUCCGACUGUCCCGCAAAGCAAGAGAGAGCUGCUUAGACAAAUGUCGAGCCCCCGAGAGGAUGACAAGGAGAGACUCAACAGAAAGAUGAGUGUUCAAGAGUACGAAAUGAUCCAAGAAGAUGAUGAACGUUGCCUGAAACGCUACAGAAAACAGUGUAUGCAGGAAAUGCAUGAGCGCCUGAGCUUUGGCCCCACAUUUGAAGAAGUCCAUGAGCUUGAGACUGGAGAAGCCUUCCUGGAAGUCAUAGAGAAGGAACAUAGGUUGACCCUGGUGGUUGUCCACAUCUACCAACAUGGUGUCAAAGGGUGUGAACAGUUGAACUCAUGUCUGGACUGUCUGGCUUCAGAGUAUCCCAGCGUUAAAUUUUGUCGUAUUGAUGCUGUGGCGACAGGCGCUGCUGAGCGCUUCUCCCCAGAGGUUCUUCCUGCCCUGCUGGUGUACAAGGCUGGUGAGUUACUGGGUAACUUUCUGGCUGUUACCCAACACUUCAAUGAAGACUUCUUCGCAACGGAUGUAGAGGGGUUUCUCAAUGAAUAUGGCCUGUUACCUGAGAAGGAGUUCACAGCAUGUGCUGAUGAUGAGGAUGAGACAGGGGACGUGGAAUAGUAAGACAGCGAAGGAGGAGAAGAUGGUUAUUGAUGGAAGGGGAGAAAACAAUGGAUUGUAGUGGAGGAAGAGUAGGUAAAAGCAGAUGACAGUAAAUGGGCAAAGGAAAGGAGAAAAAAAUAUGGGGAAAGUGGAGGAAAACAGUGGGGACAGUGUUUCAGUCAAGACACAUACACACAAGUUAAAUAAGCUUAUAUAUUGCAUGUGCAGAUAAACACAAUAGUAAACAUCCACCAGCACACACUGAAUGCUGAUUGUAUUUAGAAGCACUUAGGUGUAAACCACAUGGUGUGAGUCUGUUGAAAUACCGCUUUACAGUCAUUUCAUUAUGGUGAUUAUUUUUAAUGCUAUUAUUAUUAUGAUGAUUAAUAUUAUUAUCAGUGGUAGCAAUAUUGGGGAAGUAGGAUAGAUAUGAUAUAUAUGUAAAUCAUUAGUGUAGGAGAAGGGGUGGGACUAGAUAAGUUUCAACUUCUUCCCACUCCUUUUUGAACGUGGAUAACUUGUUAUCAUUUGUUGUUGUAUUCUUUACCUUUUUUCUUUUUAUUUUUAAUAUGUUCAAAAUAAACUUCAAUCAAUCAAAAAAACAGUCAUAUCAUAGCUCUCCAAUAAAAGAUGUCUU